UUUUUUCCCUGUUGUUCUACCUGCUCGUCUGCCCCCCAGCCGGACUGCUUUCCUCUCCCGCUGGGCACCAUUUUCAGUGGCGACGAAGGAAGUUGUGUGUUCAAGGGGUGCAGGUACCGGCGGUCCCCGCGGGGCGCGGGAGGCCGCAGCGCCGCACGCCGGGCUCAGCCGGAGAAGCCCCGCGGCCGGAGGCUCCCGCGGCGCCGCGUUUCCAGCCUCCUUCGAGGCCGGCGGGUCCUGAGGCACGGCCGCGGCUCCGGGGUCGGCAGCCGCCACCCGCCCCCGCGGACCGCCCGCAUGACGGGGCCUGCGGCCGCCUGGGGCGCAGGCGCUGCUGCCGGCGCCGGCCCGGCCCGGCCCGGCGCUGAGGGGACGAGAGGCUCCAGCAGAGCGGGAAGGCGGGCGGGCACGGACGGAGGGACAGACGGACGUCUCCUCACGGCGGCGUCUCGCCCGGCCCCUCCCUCAGGCCGGCCGGCAUGGCGCGGCUGGCGGCACCGCCGCCUCGGCAGGUGAUGGCUGCUGCCAUUGAGUCUGCAAGCUUUGAGGAGGAACAGCUUCCUAAUAAGAGAGGAGCCAUGACCUGGAAGCCCAGAAAAGAAUGUUUGCUGAAGAAGAUUCCAAAUGUUCUUGAUAGUGAGUCUGAAGAAAGUGAAUUCUCUGAUCUCUCUCACAAUGAAAAUGAUGUCAGUGGCUCUCCCGUUGAUUCUGUUCAUAUACGUCCUGACCUGGAAGACUUGGGUGGUGAAGUCUCCAGUACAUCUGAGGCUGUAACUUUUCCUGAGCUGCAAACUGCUUCUGUGUAUGAGGCGGAGGACUGGGAUAAGGAAUUGGAGGAUGCUGAAUGUAAUCCUUAUGAUGCUGGUGAUCUCCACUGUGGAAGCUUUCAGGAAAAUAAUCUUUUGGCCUCAUACUCAUGGCAGGAAGAUUCAUUUUACAACCCAGGCUGUCACCAUGCAGCUUGCAUUGCUUUUACGCCACCAGUUAGAAUGACUGAGACUGGCCAGUUUGAUGAUGCUGAUGAAUGAGGUUGACCCUGGUCAGAACUAAGUUUGGCUUCUGAGCUGGAUUAUGUUCUUCACCGAUAGAGUGAUGUCAAGUCCUUUGGCUUGCUUGCAGAGUUCUGCGUAAGGCCAGAAAUGCUACACCAUCUCCGAUGUUUUGCUUAGAAUGCUUCUGAGCUGUUUAGAAACUGACCAUGCUUUACCUCUGGAAACAAGAGUGCAGGUGCUAGUUGUAAGGAGUCAAUGCAUUUCUGGACUUUUUGUUUGUAUUAUACAGAUCUAUGUUGUUGCUAAUGAAUUGCUUGAGAGGAAGUAUUUAAUUUCUAAACUUCAGUUUGUUUGCCAAGCUUUGACAUGCUUAUUCCUGUGUGUGGAUGUAACUUGUAGUUUUCUUUCCUUUUCAUCUGAUGCUGUCAAAUUGGUUUGGAUAGCUUUAAAAACUAUUACAGCUUCUCUGUUGUAUUUCUAUGUUGCAGUUUGUGAUUCCAUAUUGAACACUGGUGUUUAACAAAAUUAGCCAUGGCAAAUACAGAAUGAGUUGUUUUGUUUUUAUUUUUAUGUAUUUCAGCAUGAAGGAGUUACAAAUACGUGAUACACGUUUUGCAAAUACACAUGUGGACAUACAGUAGGCCCUACUGUAUCCAACAGGAAUACUGGGUGCUUAACACUGCCUCCCAGCAGAGGUUUCUCCAUGUCAGACCUUCUUGUAUAUGGACAUAUUGUCCUCAAGUCUCACAGUUGUUUUUAUAACAUUUCCGUGUGACAUCAGACAUGUAACGACGAAGAAAAUAUCUAUGCUUAUGUGUCUUGUAGCAUGUAAUAUAUGUGUCCCACAAACAGUAGCAGAUUAAGGUUCCUGAUACUGCUGAUAUGUUUGUUCUGUUGUUGUUAGUCUUGUGGCAAACAAGGAGAUAGGAACACAAACUACCUCCAUAAAGUCUCCAAGAGAAUAGCUGGAACUAGAACCACAUCCUUCUUGCCUUUGCUUUGGAGUUAAAGGAAAUGUUCUCAGAUGAAGUAUACAAGUCGAUUGAAUGGCUGAUCACUUGAAUAACAAUAAUCUUCAACUAAUGCUCAUGUUUCAUUUAUCACCUACCUCUCAAGAACUUUUUGAUGGCUUUGUGUUUUGACACUGACGGAUACUGGAGCACAGUACCCAUGUGCAUUUAUUCUCGGGUGAGGAAUUAACAUUUACCACUGGGACACUUUUUUUGUUUAAAUCAUCCAGUGUAUGAGACUGAGAUUAUUUACGCAUUAGUUUGGAAGGAGGAAGUAAAUGACACAGUGGUAUUUGCUUAAUCUUUUCCUUGAGAGCAGAGAAGGACAAGAGCUUGGAAGAGUCUUUUCUUCUGGUACCUUGCAGUUCCUGGCUGUGUAUUAGUACCUGCAAGAAAUCAAAGUAAAGAGUGGGAGCCUGCUGUUGAGGUUGCAAGAAGGAGGGCCCAUUAUUUUAUUCCCGUAUGAUGGAGCGAUCUAGGGAUUAGUAUUUCCAUCAAAACUUCCUUUGCCGUGCCUCCAGAACACAUACAUACAGCAGAAAGCACAGUCUAAAAGGCUGUUCUUUCUCUGUGCAGCAAGAAAGCCCCUAGCUGUGCUAUCUAAGGCACAAGGGGUGGUUUUUUUCGUUCUGCGACUGCUGUGUAUGAGAGAGAGUGCUGCUCUUUGAGUCCAGCGUUAGGACAUGUGCUUGACUCCAUGGAAUAGAAGUGAGAACUGACUAUGCCCAGCUUAUCAGGUUUGGAUAUAUAGCAGCUUCUUUCUCUAACUGAGAAGCCAGGAGUGAAGCUCUGAGCAUAACUCUGACUCAUCAACUGGAGUAAAAUUGUUGAUUUGCAUUUAUAAAAGCAAUAUUAAUAAAUAUAAAUGGAGUACAGAUUACUGUUGAAAUACCAGCACACCAGUAAAUUGUAAAAGUUCUGAAGAAGCACAAAUAUUCUUGUGAGCCUGUUUACCACUUGCCAGGCUUCAGCUGCAGCUGGCAAUGCUCAGCGCUACCCUGCAGAGGGCAGCAAAAAAUUGUCUGCCCUGCUCAACGGCUUGUCAUCUGGCACAAAGUUUCAUUAGCAUCAGAUCCCCGGGCUGGAUUUCUAACGCUGAUAGCAAUUUAGAUCUGUGUUCUGCAUAGCCCUGUUGAUCCCCAGUGAGACUGAUUCAUAGCCCUGAUUAGUUUCUCUUUUUAUUUUUUUUUUAUUUCACUCUGAAGUUAUACUUACUGGACUGAAAAAUUUCUCCCGUGGCUGAGGAAAGAACAUCACUUGACUUCGGGCUUAAUAUAUUUUUUUACUGUGCUUGUGGGAGAUGUCCCACCAUAUUUAAU